AAUGAUUGCUGAUAAAGAUUCUUCAUUAAAUGAUUUCAUAGGUAUAAGAAUGCUUAAUACUGAUCCACAGAAAUGUAAAGAUAUAUGUGAUGUUGUUGUUGGAUGCAAAGCUUAUGUUCAUGUAAUGGGUAGUAACCUUUGUUAUCCAAAAUCAAAAACAAUGGCUGAGGCAAAUAAUGGUGUAACCCUAACCCAAACAACAUAUUAUGAAAGAGAAUCUUCUUGUGACAGAAUUGAAACCGAACUUUUAUAUUUUGAGAAAGACAAUCAAAAAAGUUCGAAUAUCAAAGUUAGAGAUUUAAUAUCUAUUGAAAAAAUAGAUAUACCAGCAUCUAAAGAGAUAUGUCAGAAAAUCUGUAAUGCUUAUCCGAAGUGCAUUGGUAUUGAUUAUAGCAAAGAUGAUUCAAAGUGUGAUUUAAAAGAGAGAAUACAGCCUGGUGAUAUUGUGUUUGCAACUGAUACCUCAAAGAGUUUCCUAUUGAAAAGAGCAUCACCUUACGAGUAA